CUUCACAUCCCAGGACGUGGUCCCCGUUGGUGGGAGAAGAGGGUCCCUGUUUUAAUCACUUGAAUCUGAUUUCUGGGGAAUCAAGACCCCCGGGAAACUAGUAUUUUCUUGGGCGACCUCAGGUUGGAGACCAAGUCCUGCAGGCGACAUUUGUUCGCGACAUCUAGAGAUAACCCUUUCUCCAAACUCAAGACUUCUUAUAUCCACACUCCCGUUUUCCCUCUCCCCGCCAAGAAUAGCUAUGGACAACGACAUUCCAAUACCGUUUUCUGCAGUUCUCAGAGUAAAGAGUGCACGUCCGGACGUGCGUUCGAGACCACAUGCACCCGGUUCGCAGCGCGGCGGAACCGCUCGACAAUGCAAACCCCGGGUGUCCCGCCCCGCCUCCAUUGCGAGUCCCAGAGUUUGCUCCGCCCACGCCCCGCCCCCGCCCUGCCCCUCAACCCCGCCCUAUGCUCGCUCUGCCCCUCUGCCGCGUCCAGGACUUUCUCAGCUUCCUUCACCUGGCCUCGCAGGACCUCCCCCGGCCCGUGCCCGCCACAGCUCCCCGGGCGCGGCCCGCCUCCUCCGCGGCCCUCAGCUGCUCCCCCAGCUCGCCCCGCCCUCGCCCCUCUCCUUCCGCUUUCCAGAGCGGCUCCCAGAGCUCGCGCCGCGUGGGGUCUCGUCUCCUUGGCGACGACGCAGUGUGUUCAGCUCCUGGCUCACGGCACCGCGCGAUCCCCGAGCUGUGCUGGCCUUCGGUGUCCGCCCUGAGGACGGGCGGUGUGAGAGAACCACGGACAGGUUCGGGCUUUGGGGCUCCACGGCUGCCGAGGCGGCGCUCGGAAAGGAACCAAAGUAUAGACAGAACGGCAGAUUGCUAGUGUUUGAUCCAAAGGCAAAAGUGAUUGAGCCAAAUGAAGCAAUGUCAGAUAAAUGCCUCUUUGGACUCAGAUCAAGAUUGGCAAGCAAACUUUGUACCUCACCAACACAAGUCUCUCUAAAUGUAGCUAGGACAAUCUCAGAAAAGAGGGAAGUCCCUUCAAAAAAUAUUGAAAAACUAGCCUCUUUAAGGAAUACUGAAAAUAGAGCAUCUUCAAACAGUAUUGAAAAUAAAGAUACAGAAAUAAAUCUACAGUCUAAACUAUGGUCAUCUUCCUUCUUAAAGGAAGGCACAGGUCAAGUGGGCAAAGAUUCAGUCUUUUCAGAGCAGGAGAAAAAUAACGAAUAUUACCUUCAGGAUACUGAUGAUAAGUUAUCUGAAUCGACAGAUGAUGAUGGUGAAGAUGAUACCACUGAUGAUGAUAAUGAUGAAGACCGUAACCGUAAUAAGGAUACUCAUGCCCCAUUAGAGUUAAUGGCAGAAUUCCUGAGAGCAGAAAUGGGCCGAGACUACCAUUUGGCAAAAAAAUUAUGUCAGAUGAUUCUAAUCUAUGAACCAGAAAAUCCUGAGGCCAAGGAGUUUUUCUCACUUAUUGAAGAAAUGUUGCUGAUGGAGAAAUCUCAAAAUCUUGAGGAAGGUGAUGAAGAUAGUGAAGAAGACAGUAGCGGUGAGAGUGAAGGAGAGAGCAGUGAGAAGCUAAGUGAAGACAGCCCUGAUGAAUGUGAAGAUGGGUGAUGAAGGUUGCUGCUCUGGUUUAAUCUUCAUGUAUUUUCAUUACUGUAUACAUGGCAAUAUAAAGGAGAAAGCUGCAUUUUA